AUAGUGAAGAAGAUUACGAUAAUUCAUCUUACGAGCUGCUUGCACCUGAUCUUGGAUCUGAUUAUCUAUUUUCUUAUGGGUCAGACAGUGAACCAGAUGUCAACCGAACUCUUCUACGGAAAGAAGUGACCUGUUACAUGUCUAAUAUAAAUGAACCUCAAUAUUAUAUACUUCAUGAAACGGUGGAAAACUUCACAUUGUGUGAGAGGGAAAAAAUCCCCUCCUGUUUGUCUCAUAGCUGUCCUUCAUUGAGUCAGGAACCUCCUGCAGACAUCAGCAACUUCCCCCGAUCUCCAAGUUUACCCACCAUGAAGCUCCAAGGCAGCUUUAAGGAGUUUACUCCAGAUUUCACUGAUGAUGAAGGAGAUGGAAUCUACUGGUUCCGGUGUUCCAGUCCAGGCCUGUACCAGUGCAGAGAGAGCGGCCUGGUGUUUGACAUGAGGGGAGAAGGAGACGUGUCCUACAGGAUUGUUCCUUGGGACAGAAGAUUACUGAGCCAACAUGGCAAGAAGCCUGCAGGACCUCUGUUUGACAUCAGCUGUCAGCAGCAGUCUGUGGCUCAGCUUCAUCUCCCUCACUGUGAGAUCCGCUCCACAGGCGGAUGUCACUUCCUGUCAGUCGCUCACAUGCAUGAUGAAGGAAUCGAUUUUAUCAGACCUGUGAAGAUCACAGAAACUCAUGUUGUCAUCAACAUCACAGGGUUUUCUCCUUUUGGUAACAUCAAGGAUGAAGAUUCUCCUCCGGACCUGGUCCAAGCUUUGGUUCUGCUGUUCCACAAGCAUCUAGAUCCUGAGUCUGAUCACCUGAUUAAUGUUCUGAUGCUGCCCAAAAACAUUGUUCUUGAAAAGGUGUUACGUUUUAGGAAGAAAUUAGAUGAGAAUGAAGUAUUUCUAGAGACGCCUCCACACUGUAAACUGCAGCCGAAGCAACUCUAUACUCUGUCCACCUGUCCUGGAGAGGAACUGGUUCUUGUUCAGCCCACAGAAGGUGAGUUUGAUCCAGAAUCCUAUGACAACUACUUCCCAACAUUCCAGGUGGUUUAUAAGGAAAUGAGGAGCCGCAUCAAACUGUUUCUGAGGGACAGCAGCUCCAGCAGCGUCUGGGAGAGAUGGGUUUGUUUUUCUACUGCCAGAGUGAGAAGAUCCUAUGGACCGACCCGACAGAACCUCAGUCCAAAGGAGCUACUGGAGGAGAUAAGGAGCAGCUUUAUUGACAGGAUAUCAGAAUCUGUUCUGAAGAAGCUGCAGGACAAAAUGCUGGAGAAAAAGGUACUCAACGAUUCUGAGAGGGAAGAUGUAGAGGCAGGAAGGACCAAAAGAGACAAAGCUCGAGUUUUAGUCGACACCGUGAGGAAUAAAGGUGACGCUGCAAGUUCAGAGAUGAUCCGCUCUCUCUGUGUGCUCGACCCGUACCUCUCUGGAGAUCUGAAGCUAAUGUGAGGAAAAGAUGCUGACAGACUCUAUUAGCCAGAAUGAUUAGAAAGAGAUUACACUGUCAUUGCUAUAAAUCAAAUGCAUCAGAUUUUAUUUUAAAUAUGUAGUCAUGUUAGACCAGCUAGUUGUUUUGAUUGUUCUGCAA